AUGGCGUACUAUCAGAAUCGCAAUUCCUACUACGGCCAUAAUGAGAAGCACGACAUUCCCCGCAGGCCGACGACGAGCGGGCGCACAUCGGAACGCAACACGCGGUCCAGCGAAGGCACGGUCAGCACAGUCAUGAGCAGCUCGACAGGUAGAGAAUCGUCAGGGACGCACACCACAGAAGCACCAGCCUACUCCAAGAAGAUUGUCGUUGUCGGCGAUGGCGGCUGCGGCAAGACGUGUCUGUUGAUCAGCUACAGCCAAGGUUACUUUCCAGAGAAAUACGUACCAACAGUCUUUGAAAACUACAUCACAUAUCCAACGCAUCCCCCCAGCGGUAAGACCGUAGAACUUGCGCUGUGGGAUACUGCCGGUCAGGAAGAGUACGACAGGUUGCGACCACUCUCGUACCCAGAGACAGACCUGAUCUUCGUGUGUUUCGCGAUUGACUGUCCCAACUCGCUUGAAAACGUCAUGGACAAGUGGUACCCAGAAGUCCUCCACUUUUGCCCCUACACGCCCCUCAUUCUCGUGGGGUUGAAGUCAGAUCUGCGCCACAAGAAGACCUGUAUUGAGAUGCUCAAGACCCAAGGCCUCACACCAGUUACUGCUGAGCAGGGCAUGGCCGUUGCCAGGAAGAUGGGUGCCCAGUACAUGGAAUGUAGCAGCAAGGAGAUGAGGGGCGUCGACGAGAUCUUCGACCAGGCUAUCAUCACCGUUGUUGGUAACGACCGACGCAACCUCGAGGCAGCCAUGGCCGCCGCUGACAACUCAUCGUCAAAACCGUCACACGAAAAGAAGAACAGCGUCUCCCAAAUUCGACCCUUUAAGAAGAAGAAGAGGAACUGCAUUCAUCUCUAG